GAGAGAGAGAAGAACGUAAAGAAGCAGAGAGAGGCUGAAGGAGAGAAAGAGAGUGACAAACUUCUGCAACAGCGGAGGGGUUUUGGGAUUAAAACAAAGACAAAUAUAGACACAAAGGACAAGGACAGACAUUUUGAGAAGUGAUAGAGGACAAUUCAUUUUGCUGCAACAUGCCACUUUGAUUUGUCUUUCUUUCAAAGGAUUAACUGAGAGAAGAUCUGACCUUUGGAAUGUGAACUGUUUUGAGUAAACCAGGAGAGAAAAACAGACGUGGAACCUGCAGCCACCUGAGACCCAGCAGCUCUGAGGACGGGUUGCUCUUGAUUAUUGUCUAAGGAUCGACUUCAUGACAGGUUAAACUGAGCCUUUUUUUAAAUUUCUGAUUCACCUGCCUCUAUCAACUUUUGGAAAAACAAAGUGGUGUAAAGUCGCAGGAGUAGAGUUGACAAACUUUAGUUAGCAUCACAGAAAAAAAAAAGAAGCAAAGCACUUCUGAUAACAACUUUUAAGCUUCUUCUAGCCCAGUUGCAUCUCUUAAGAAGAUCAAGAUCUAUAAGAGCAUCUAUAGCAAAGAUGACCUUCGCGAUGCUGCGCACAGCGCCUCCUGCAGGCCGCUUCUUGUACGGCGACAUCGCCCUCCUCUCCGAAGAUGACGACGAGAACGGCAGCGAGGGAUCGGGCUCAGAGGAACGUGCCAACAACCCCUCCAACUCCGGCACUUAUCGCCUGUCCUCCUCGCCAUCUGCCUUUCACAUCAAGAUGAACAGGAAGAGGAAGCUGUGCGCAUCAGGGGUAGACAUGGCGGCCAUGAUAGAGAGGCUCGUACCCCCGGGCUCUUCUCCCCCCGGUGAGGGUCGCCAGAGGACGGCAGCAAAUGCUCGGGAGAGGGAUCGAACCAAUUCUGUCAACACAGCAUUCACAGCACUGAGGACGCUCAUCCCCACCGAGCCCGCAGACAGGAAGCUGUCAAAGAUUGAGACGCUACGUUUGGCGAGCAGCUACAUCAGCCAUCUGGGGAACGUGCUGCUCCUGGGCGAGGGUCUCCACGACGGACAGCCGUGCCACGCUCCCUCACCGCCGUUCUUCCACGUUAACUCCUCCCCCAGCCGAGGAUCCGACCAAUCAGCUCAGCCGAAGCACAUCUGUACUUUCUGUCUCAGCAACCAGAGAAAAAUGAACAAAGACAGAGACAGGAAGACAGCCAUCAGAAGUUAACACCGAGGACACAAAGCACACAGACAAACUGCUUCACAGCGCUCUAGUUGGUUUUUAAAAUAUCUCCAACUUGAAGACUCAUCAGACGUGUGAGGGAUUCAAAGAUUUUGAAGGAUUUCUUAAGCACUUCCAGGACUUUUGAAGGAACUCCACCAAUCAUUUUUUCUUUUGUCUCUUUUUUUUAUAUCACUC